AAAAGAUGCAUCAAAGAGUUCUGAAGCUAGAUGGAUACAAACUGUGUUAAAGUCUGGUACACUCAGUGAUAAAAUGGCUGCCCUAACAUUGUUAAUACAAGAAUCACCAAUACAUAAUUUGAAUUCAUUAGAAUCAUUAGUAAAUAUGGCAAGGAAGAAAGGGAAAAGAGAGUGUAUCUUAGCCACAGAAACAUUAAGUGAAUUGUUUUUAACUGAAAUACUGCCAUCUAACAGAAAGUUAGUCAAGUUUUCUAAAAAUCCAGCAUUAAUAUCAGUAGUAGAGAAUAUGCCUGGUGAGAAAGAUAUGGUAGAUAAAAAAUUGAUAUUAUGGUUUUAUGAAUCCCAAUUAAAAGAUAUAUAUUCUAGUUUCCUCAAAGCAUUAGAUACAAUGUCACAUGAUACAGUCUUGUCACCUAAACAGAAAGCAGUCACUUCAAUAUUUAAGUUAUUAACUCACAAACCAGAACAAGAAAAUGUAUUGUUACCACUUCUCGUAAAUAAGUUAGGUGAUCCUGAUUACAAAUUAGCUUCUAGAGUUUCUCAUCACUUGACUAAACUAGUUGAAGAACAUAGUCAAAUGACAAUGGUUGUACUACAAGAAGUAGAAAGAUUACUGUAUAGACCAAAUAUUAGUACUAAGGCUCAAUACUAUGCAAUGUGUUUUUUAAGCCAAAUAGUAUUAUAUAUUGAUGAUAAAGAAUUAGCUAAGAAACUGAUUGACUUAUACUUUUCUUUUUUUACUAUGUAUGUAAAGAAAGGUGAAGUAGAUAAUAAAAUGAUGAGUGUUUUAUUAACUGGUGUUAACAGAGCUUAUCCUUAUGCUAAAGUUGAUGAAAAGUACAUAACUGACCAAAUGAAUAAUCUACAUAAAGUUGUACAUAUUGUUAAUUUUAAUACUGGUUUACAAGCGCUAAUGUUAUUGUAUCAAAUUAUGGAUGCUUCUGAAAGUAUAUCAGAUAGGUUUUAUGUAGCCCUAUAUCGUAAACUAGCAGACCCAGCAUUAAAAACCUCCUCUAAACAAACUAUGUUUUUAAAUUUACUGUAUAAAGCAAUGAGAAGUGAUGUCGCUGACAAGAGAAUCAAGGCAUUUGUUAAGAGAUUAUUACAAGUAUGUUCCUAUCAGUCAGCCCAGUUUGUAUGUGGUGCUCUAAUCUUGGUGUCAGAAAUAUUACACGAAAAACCUGGUUUACUCAAUUUAAAUUGUACUGCUGAGGAUUCUGAUGAUGAUGAACAUUAUGAAGAUUUACCUGAACCAGAAGAAUUUAAGACAACACAUUACCAUAGUGAAAGUGAAGCAGCUAUGUCUGAAGGUGAAAUAGAUCUUGGUGAUCAACAAUCUUCUUGGCUCCAUAGAAAAAAUCUUAACACUCAAACUGAUAAAACAACUUACGAUCCAUUUUACCGUAAUCCACUAUAUUGUCGUGCUGAUACUGCUUGUAUAUGGGAAUUACAAAAAUUAACAUCUCACUUUCAUCCUUCAGUGGUAGUGUUUGCCAAUAAUAUACUUAAGGGUGCUAAAAUAAAAUAUAGUGGUGAUCCUUUACAAGAUUUUACACUUAUCCGUUUUCUAGAAAGAUUUGUUUAUAAAAAUCCCAAGAAAGUUGAUGAAAAAGAUAUAGAAGAUUCCUCUAAAUCAGUGAGUAGAUUCCGUUUAAAGCCCUCACUACCAUCUGGUGUACGAAAAUUACGUGUUAAUGAAGCUGCCUAUAUUGCUAAAGAUGAAAAGAAAAUUCCUGCUGAUGAAAAGUUUUUUCAUAGAUAUUUCCAACAGCAAGUAAAAUUAGGUAAAAAAUUGAAGAAAGGUGAUGAAGAUGUAGAAGAUGUUAGUGAUGAUGAGUUCGAAGCAUUUUUAGAUAACUUCGAAAAACAAGCUGAUCCUAAAGAUGUGUUUAUGAAGAAAGAUCUGGAUUUAGAUUUUGCAGGAGAAUUUAGCAAGAAGAACAAAAAGAAGAAGCAGCAGGAUGAUAACAGUAGUGAUGAUGAUUUGGAUGAUGAUGAUGAAGAUUUAUCUGAUGAAGAACCAGAAUUUGAUGAAGAUGAGAUGAAAUCAGCUUUUAAAGAAUUUAAUGCUAAUGGUGAUGAUGUAGAUUUUGAUGAGGAAGAUGUUGCCUUCUCAGAUUCUGAUGAUGACAAAAGCUCAAGUAAGAAAAGAAAAGCAAAAGUAGAUGAUGACGUCUUAGAUAAAGAUUUCCUUUCAUCAGGAAGAAAGAAAAAGAAGAGUAAAGAAGUAGCAGAUCUAUAUGCAGCAGCAGAUGAAUUCUCCAGUAUAAUAGAUAGUAAUAUGGAUAAUGUUGAUAUAGAAACACUUGGUUCUCAAGCUUUAUCUAACACAGCUAAUAGUGAUGUGAAGCAAUUGAGAUGGGAAAUUAAACGAGAUAAAUGGAUUCACGAUAAAGAUUGGAAAUCAAAGAAAAGGCAAAUGAAAGAAAAAGGGGGAAGGAAGAAUUAUGCCUCUAAACCAAAGUCAAGUGGAACAUUUAAAAAAGAAAGUGGAAAGAUGAAACAUAAAAGGAAAUAAAAACCAUCCUUUCAUCAUGAUUGUAAAUUACCUUAUUAAAUUGAACAUCAAAUUGUC